AUGAACCCCUGGACCAUGAAGACUGUCUGGAGAACGGGACCCUCUGCCGCAAAAGCUCUCACAUCUGACUCCGACUCCGACUCGAAUGUUGCUGAAAGCGAGAUUAUUGGCGAAGGCCGCAUUCACGGUUUCAAGAUUGAUUGCGAGACGAUGGUUCGCGGGCGCCCCAUCCGAGUUUCUGCCGCCAAAAAGUUAUUGACUCGGUAUAACUACGCAUCAACGUCAUAUUCCUCGGACCCUGACAAACCAGAAGUCAUGACUUGGAAGUCCAAUUCGGCAUGGAAAGUUUUUGAUUUUGACCUAAGAGACGAGAGCGAUCAACUUGUAGCCCGCUUCAACCCGAGAUACAUGGGCAUGCGGAAACUCGCGACUAUUGAGAUGUUUGGUCCCAAGGCGUGGGACUCGGCGGCCGUUGAGGAAGUGAUGAUCACGGGUAUCACGCUCUACAUCUGCAUGAUCUAUCGAACAUCCAAUUGGGUGCCUCUCGUGGGCGCAUUGGUGUCUCGACCGGGAAAGGAUUACAAGGUGACCGAAAAAGAAGCCAGAGAGGAGCACGAGAGAAAUCUGGCUACCAGUGCAGACGAUUUCCUGAAUCCCGAAAAUGCUAGGUUUGAGGCUCCAGAAAAUGUGUGGGAUAAGAUCGACGAGGGCACGACGAUGAAGGAGCCGGCCACCACCAAAGAGACUUCUGUGCACUGA